AAUGAUAAUUUUUCAUUUGUUAGAAUGUCCAGAUAACUGUGAUGAGUCGUACUGUUUAGAAAGACAAUCUUGGACUGAUAUCAAUGACGCAACGAAUUGUACAAGUUGUAAGAGUAGCUAUUUCCUUAAAGGAGAACUUUGUGAAAAAUGUCCCAUUGGAUGUAAAAAUUGUACUACUGAAAAUGAAUGUGACGAAUGUUUAUCCAAUUACGUAUUCAAGUCGCCUGUUAAAGAUUGUACGGCUUGUCCAUCUAAUUGUUUAAGGUGUUCUUGGAAUAUCAUAGAUAAGAAAUCUGAAUGCGAAUUUUGUUCUGAAGGAUACGUUUUAGAUGAUAAGAAAACUUGUACUUCGUGUGGCAGCAAUUGUCUAUCUUGCAGUUUUAUUCAAGGAAAAGGCAUCGAAUGUAAUAGAUGUCAUCCAAAUAUGUAUAUAACAACUGGUACCUCGGUAGAGUGUAAAUUAUGCUCAUCAGCAUUACCUGGUUGUAAAAGAUGUUCAAACGAGGAUACUUGUAUUGAGUGUUUAUCUUCGAGCUAUUCACUCAGUUCAAGCGGAAAGUGCGAAUCUUGUUCACCUAUUCAUGCAGCAUGUAUAAGCUGUGACGUUACCAGCGGCUCAAAGAAAUGUUCAAAAUGUUCAAGUGGUUAUUACGUUAAGGAUGAUUCUUGUGCAUCUUGUUCGAGGAAUUGUGAUACCUGCAGAGAAACAAACGACAAACUUGAAUGUACCAAAUGUAAGACAGACUAUACUGUUAUAAAACAAAAUAAUUGUGAUAGAUGCCCUGACAAUUGUUUGGAUUGUGGAAUUUCUAACGAUAAGCUAGUCUGUAAAUCGAACAUGUGUUCUCCAGGAUAUACAUUAAAUGACGAUAAAUCAUGUGCUAAAUGUCCCAAUAAUUGCAAAGCUUGUACAUGGAGUACUUCGAAUUCAAGAACUGAAUGUAAUGGAAACAGUGCUAGUCACUCUUGUGUUGAAAAUGAGAAUGGGAAAUCAUGGACAAGAAAGAGUGAUGGAACGUGUGUUGCUUGCCCAGAUAAAUGUUUCAAAUGCUACUUUACUGACGAAACUCUGCAACCAAUUUGCUAUGCUUCUAAAUGUUCUAUUAAACACGGUUUUGAUGAUGCUACAGGUACUUGUUUUGCUUGCCCAUCAGGAUGUGAUUAUUGUAAGAGGACACUGAAAGGUGAUAUUUGUCAAAAGUGUAGUGAAAAACAUGCACCAAAGUACACAAGUGAUAAUACAAUUGAGUCUUGCGAAUGGUGUUCUAUUUGGGAUUGUGAUUAUUGUGAAGUCCUUGACGGUUCUGUCAAAUGUAGAAGAUCUCCUUGUGCAUCGAAAGAAGUUAGUUCCGCUAACAAAAAAUUUUCAUUUACUAAUAAUGAUUGCUCUGGUAACUGUCCAAUUGAUUCGAGCUGCGAUUCAGGGAAGAUUAAUGAUGAAAAUGAAAUUUGCUAUUGUCGAUCGUGUCCAGCAGGAUCGGCUGUAAUCCUAGUUGGUUCAAAUGCUGGAGUGUGUAAAAGCUGUGGUCCCGAUUGCGAAAAAUGCGAAUUGAAUAGUGUCAAAAACGACGUCGAAUGCAAAACUUGUAAAGGAGUUAAACAAUGGCUUACUGUUGAAGUGGGCCCUCAGGCUGUAUCAGUUAAGGGAUGCUUUGAUUGUUCGGCAGCUCAGCCUCAUUGUAAACAAUUGGAGUACGCUGGAAAUCCACCUAUUUGCAGGUGUAAAAUGAACAAUUGCAUAGGAGAUCAAACUCAAAAUUCACCAACAAAAAGACAUACUGUUAUUCAAGAAACUUCAGGCAGUCAGAGAUGCAGAGGUUGUUCGGAUUUGUUUCCCAAAGCUUUGUGGUGUAGAGGAAAUUAUGCUAGCGAAUCAUUAGAAAGCUGCCAGCAGGGAUAUCAAAAGCUUUCUGGUACCAAUACUUGUAAAGCUUAUCCUGACAAUUGCGCAAACUGGGGUGAUACACAAUCUACUUCUGAUGUCAGUAGAGUUGACUGCUUGAAAUGCAUUCCUGGAUAUUAUCUUUUUAACGGCAAUUGUAUAUCUUGUUCUAGCGUUUUCGAGAACUGUCUUGAAUGUGCUAGAGAGCCAUCCAGUGUAGUAUGCACUGAGUGCUCUUCAGGGUCUGGUUUUAAUUGUAAAACUCCUUGUACAUCGUCUCCUAUCCCGGAUUGUGGUACAAUGUGGGCUACUACAAAUGCCAAUACCUGUAAAUGUAAAACUUGCUCUGGUAGUUCUAAUCCCCAGAAUCUUCACAUCGUUGCUCCAUAUGUUGCAUCUGUCCUCGGAAGUUCCUGUGGAGGAAAAACAAUGACAAUAUCUGGUUGUAACAAAUAUGGCAGUGGAUCUCCAGAUAUUUGUGUCAAAUGUAACGUCGAUCAUGCUCUAUCUCCUUUAAGAGAUGCUUGCUUAGGUACAAGCUUUUUUAAAUUAGGAUGUAAAGAAGGAUAUUCAUUCGCUUUCGAUCCAAGUAGUGUUCUUUGCAGAGUUCCUAAAGACGGUUUUAUGGAGCAUUCUGUCAAAAAUAAUCCUCCCAUAAAGGUUGCUGAUGAUAAUCUGGCAAAUUCUGGGAGCGGUUGUACAGGCUACCUUUCGAUAAAUUCUGAUAGCAGUUCAGAUGGGAGAUGUGGUGGAUGUGAAACUGGGAAAGUUAUUGAUGUUUUAUCGGAGAAAAAAUAUACAUGUACAAGUUGUUCUACAACAGGCUUCCCUAACUGUGAAUUUGCAGUAGCAUAUAAAGGAUCUUGUCGAUGUGGCAGGUGUAAAACGAGUAAUUCUAUUGCUUAUGUUAUGAGACCGGAUCAGAGAGGCUGCGUUGAAUGUUUAGGUAUUGUUGAUUGCUCCGUUUACACCCUACGUUUACUUGAUGGCGAAUUGAAAUGUGCUUGUGCUAGUUGCGGUAAUAACAAACUUGUAAAUAGCGACGGUUUCAGCUGUAUUGACUGCAGCAGUAAGCUUUGCUCACCUGGAGAGGUAAAAGCUGUUGAUUCAAAGUGUGAAUGUUCUUGUAAUGACCAACAAUUGAUGAAAAAUAACACUAAUGGAUGCGUUUCGUGUGGUACAAAUUCGGAUUUACCAAAUUGCAAAAGUGGUCAUUACAAAUUACUUGAAAAUGAUCAAUGUGGAUGCUCUGAAUGCAUUUCUGGGCAUGUCUUGAAGUCUGAUCAAUCAGCAUGUUUAAGUUGUACAAAAACUACCCCUGGAAAUAUAAUACCCAACUGCAAGGUUUGCUUGGAAAGUACGACAGUAUCUGGAACAAUAGAUAAAUGUAUUUCAUGUGAUGAUGGAUAUGCUUUAAAUCCUGCAGAUGGAAAUUUAGCAGCGACUUGUCUGAGUUGCCAAUCUGGAUGUCAAAAUUGUACUGUUGAUAGAAGCAAGUCUCCUCCAACCACAGAGAGGAAAUGUACAGCAUGUAAAACAGGCUAUACUUUAAAUACUCAAGGAACUUGCAUUAGGUGUCCCACAGAACCGAAAACUUGUAGCGAGUGUCGAAUCGAUCCUAAAGAUAGUACUAAUACUUUGUGUACACAGUUUGGUUGUGGAUCGAAUGCCUUAAGAGAUUCAGAUUUUAAAUGUGAAUCCUGUAAGAUUAGCAACUGUGCAAAAUGCGUCAAAGAUGUUAACAACGUUUUCAAAUGUCUCGAUUGUAAUGAAAAAUUCUUUAUGGAUAAAGAUGGAACGUGUAAACAAUGUAUUAGUGGCUGUGAUUUUUGCGUGAAUGGUGAAACGUGUAUUCCGAGUGGUUGUAUAGAAGGAUUCAUUAGACAUAGAACAGAUGGAACUUGCCAGAAAUGCACAGGUGAUGGUGUUUCUAGAUGCAUUUAUAAAGAUACAACAACCGAUGUAUUAGUACCAAUCAUAUCUUGCAGUGAAAAUUGUAAGAAAUGUGAAAUAGCUGGAAAGGAUAAAUGUGAUACAGAUGGAUGUAAAACUGGAUUUUUUUUUGAUAUCUCUGAUCAACUGUGCUACGAAAAUAAUCCUGAAUGCUUAAUUUCUACUAGGAUAAACGGCAAGAUUGUUUGCUCAUCGUGCAAUGAAACAACUUCAGUUUUAGUUGAUAAUGAAUGCAAACCGUGUCCGAAUGAAUGUAGCGGUUGUACAUCAAAUAAUAAUCAAUUUACGUGUUCUUCUUGCAAGGGCGGCUAUUAUAAAAGAGACGACGGAGUUUGCCUUGAAUGCCCUUCUGGUUGUUCUUCUUGUGCAAUAGUUGAGGGAAGAGUGGCUUGUGAAGAUUGCUUACAAGGAUACAGUCUUCAAGGUGAAAGUUGUACUCAAUGUGGAAUCAGCGAAUGUGAUAAAUGUAAGUUCGAUUCGGGAAAUUUAGCCUCCUGUGAGAAAUGCUCUAGCAAAUUCUAUUUAAAUACUGAUGAUUGCGGAUCUUGUCCAGAAUUUUGUGCAGAAUGUACCUUUAAUCAAAAGUAUACCUGUACUAAAUGCUAUGAUAAAUAUGCAAAGAGUUUGGAUGGAAAGUGCAUUAAAUGUUCAUCAAAUUGCGCAAUUUGUACUGCAAAACCUGAUAAAUCGACUAAAUGUAUAAAAUGCAUAUCAAGUGAAUUUUCUUUAGGACUCGAUGGCGUAUGUAGACCUUGCAAUAAGGCCAUAUUCAAAAAUUGCUCAAUCUGUGAAUCUGAAAAUGGGAAAGACAGGCCAAAAUGUUUAUCAUGCGCAAAAGGAUAUACAUUAAAAGACGAUGAAUCGGGAUGCGUUAAAUGUUCCAUUUCAGGAUGUAAUGACUGCAGUCAUGGAAGAGUUUGUUUAAAAUGUAAGAGAGGAACCUAUUUGCAUAAUUACGAUAGAGAAUGCGCUCGUAAAUGUUACGAAUGUCAAGGAAAUGAAGAAGAGUGCGGGAAAGAUAUUUCCAAAAUACAAAAUAUUACAAAUACAGUAAAACUCAUCGAUUGCGGUAUUGGAGACUGUUGGGUACAUAGAAGGGAAGAGGGAGACGUAGUUACAUUUGAGAGAUCUUGUUCGAAGCAAACAUGUUCUUCAGGAACAGUUGAAGUCAAUUGUAAUGGUGGUUGUGCUACUGGAUUUACUCUAGAUUUUUCUCCAACAAAAUAUGAUUGUACAUCAUGUACUGCUGCUGGACUAGAUCAUUGCACUUUUGCUGUAUCUUCGGGAGAUACAUGUAUGUGUGGAAGAUGUACUGCUGAUGUAGCAGGAAAAGUAUAUCAUAAACAUCCUACACUACCAGGAUGCACACAAAAUGAUGAAAUUCCCAAUUGUUCUUCUCACACAUUGAAACUUAAAAAUGGAGCUUAUGUAGUAGCAUGGACAGCCUGUUCAGGUGUAAAUGUUUUGGCUGAAGAUGGAUUGUCAUGUGUGGCUUGCUCAAAAACUUGUACUGGAGGUUCAAAAGUAGUUGCUGCUGGUGCAUCAACAUGUACAUGUGAUUGUGCUGCUGUUGGUUUCGUAAAUACUGCUGGAGAUGAUUGUAUUACUUGUGCAACAGCUGGAAAAGCAGGAUGUUCAGAGGUACACCUAAAUGGAGCAACAUGGGAGUGCAAAACAUGCAAUGUCAAACAUGUUCUGUACCAUCUGGUGGAAGUGGUCUUGUUUGUUUAA